GCGGCGAUGGCGGCGCUGAAUAAAGAUUCUUCAGAUACUUCCCCAACGAGACGUUGGGUCCUAUGGUUGGGGAUGGAUUUGAAAACCAACAUGUUCAAGUAAGGAUGGCAUGGCGGUGACAUGCAUUAACAUUUUGUUAGUUAAAUCUAAGGUCAAAUUAUGACAUAAAAUACAAAGGGGACCAAUAAACCAGGGCGGGUGUAGCACAUUAUUAUAGAAUAAAGGGAGUAUAAAUAAGACACGUAUUAUCAUGAAAAGAAAAGGAAAAGUAGCCUUAGGCGUUAAUUCCUGUAAAGCUAACGGGCGAAAAGAAUAUACUCCAGUCGACCCUUGCGACGUUUUUCUCGUCUCGCUGGUUCUCCAGUUUUUCUCGUCUCGCUAGUUCUCGGCUUCGAUCCUGACUAGGGCACGCAGCCCAGAUCGCGAUCCAUCGCUCCGUCAUGGGGAAGAAGCAACGUCGGCGCGCCGCGUGGGCCGAUCUCCCGGAGGACCUGAUCGGCGACGUCCUCCGCUGGCUGCCGUCGUUCGCCGACCGCGCCCGCUUCCGCGCCGUCUGCCGCGCGUGGCGCGCCGCCUGGCGCAGCCAGCCGCACCCGCCGGCGCCGUGGCUCGCCAUCCCGGGCAACUGCGUCAGCCUCCCCGAUGGCGCCAUCCACCGCGUCUGGUCCCUUCCCGAGGACGCCCGCGCCACGCGCUGCUGUGGCUCCCUCGGAGAUUGGGUCGCACUCGUGCCGGCGGACAGACCGUGCAGGCCCUUCCUGCUCAACCUGUUCUCCAAGGCUAGGAUCCCGCUGCCGACGUGGGCGGAGUAAGAUCUCAUCCUGAAGAUGGUCAUGUCCUCCAACCCGGGCUCAGAGAGCUGCCUGAUCGCGGCCAUGUGCACGGUCCGCGGCAGCGACAACCAGCAUAGGAUCAAUUCCCCUGUACCUGCACGAUAUCAUACUCUACCACGGGGAGCUACAUGCCCUCCAUUCGUGCGACCAGUUGGUUGUGCUCGACCACCGCAAGCUGGACCUCCUCCGGCGCGAGCCGGAGAGGCUGCACGAGCAGCAGCUACCGACGCAUGUGGCCAAGAUCUCGGACUGUGACGGCUACCCAUCGAGGCGGUAUCUGGUGGAGUGCAAGACCAGGCUACUCAAGGUCACCAGUUGGUUCAUUCGAUUGAACCACAUGGCAGUUAAGUUCGAGGUGCACGCGCUCGAGACCAGCGACGGGACGGCGCCUGAUGACUCGUGGGUGCCGGUCAGGGGCAUCAGUGAGCACGCCCUCUUCGUCGGGGACGCCUGCUCCGGAGCCUUCCUCAUCGCCGCUGGAGGUGACAAGAUCAAGGAGAGCCAUGUCUGCUUCGUCGAGGACGAGCUUAGGAUCAGCUGUGCGCGCAGCCCGUCCGCCGCCGUGAACGGUGGCCACCCCCUCGGCAGGCUUCAUGCCUACCGCCUGCGUGACAGGUGCGCCAGCAUCUAUGAUCCGGGCGAGUCGUCGGCGCAGAAGGGACAGCGCGCCAGCAUCAACAAUGAUCCAGGCGAGUCGUCGGCAUGGAAGGGACACCUGCAGUGCGACGACAUAUUUGGGUAUGUCUUUUCCCCUGGCGUGCAAGACCAGGAAUAUGUGAUGAUCUGAGAUGGUUCACUGGCGCAUAAUUCUUAUGUGCGACUUUUUACAAGAACCUAGCUUUGCUCAAGUAAACGGUAAACAGUGCAAUGAUAUCUGAAGCACAUUGUUGACCAA